AUGACCAUUUAAAGUGUUUCAGAAAUCUCAAUUCCUGGUGACAUCUACAAAGCUACAUCUGACACUUUACUCAGCAAAAUAUAUUAAAAAUAUAAAUAAACUUUUUAGAAAUAUUAAAUGAUCCAUUCAGAUGAAAGCAGCGGUGAUCACUUCUCUCCAAACUCUUAACAUAUUAAUAAUCCCAAUUCGGGCCUCAAGGAUAAUGGAAAGAAAUAUGCAGUAAUCGAUCAUUAGAUCAGAGUUUAAUUACUUAAACGCAUUCUCUCUAAGGAAGCAACAAUUAAAGAGGCUGCCAAAGAGUUUGGAGUCAAUUUCAGUACAGCAAAGGCCAUCUUGUAAACCUAUAGAAAAGAAGGAAGAAUUGGAAAAAAGAAAACCAGAGACAGGAACAAAAAAAAGAAAGAUGAUUCAGAUUAUCACUUCACCUAUACGAGAAAAGUGUAAUCCAUGUAUGAUUUGGAAAGAGAAGCUCCCUAACAUAGAAGAACAUUUUCACCUGACUUGAGGCCUGCAGAUAGAAGUAUUAAUUAGCAUCCAUUGAUUGUUUAAUAACAAUUAAACUUUUUAAACUCUCAAAGUCAAGUAGGUUCCACUCCUAAUUUGGAUGAGCCGAAUGCUUAAAUGGCUUUAGCAAUCUGUCAAAGAGAGUUAGCCCAGUAAAAAAUGAUUAAUAUGCAAUUAUUAAUGAUGCUUCAAACUUAUCAAACUCAAGGUUAGCAACUUUAGAUAGAUUAAGUCAAAGUUGAGUCAGAUAAACAAAAUUGAAACUUAAUUUUGUAUUUAUUCUUAAAUCAUUCAUUUCUCA